AUGAUAGGUGGAAAUGAAUCCUGUACUGGAGGACCGAUCCCUAUGUCCUACUUAACCUGCCUGACUUACAUUCUGGGAGAAUGGACUGGCGUGGAGCACAUUGAAGAUUAUCUGAGUUACGCAGUCUACCUCUUAUGGGUGCUUUUUCCACUCGCAGUAGUUUUUCUCCUUCCGGGAGUUGUCAUCGUUCUCUUCUACCUUUCUGCUCUCUUUCUGCAUAUUUACAAGAGGAAGAAUGAACUAAAGCAAGCUUAUUCGAAUGACUUUUGGGAUGGUGCAAAACAGAUGUUGGCUACCCUAUGGGAUGGACAUGGAAGAAUAUGGCAUGGUUAUGAACUUCAUGGUGCCGAAAAGAUUCCUGAAGGACCAGGUCUUGUUGUGUUUUAUCAUGGAGCUACUCCUGCUGACUGCAUCUAUUUCAUGGCUAGACUUUUUAUACAAAGGAAGAUAUACUGCAGGGCAAUAGCUGAUCAUUUCGUCUUUAGGUUACCAGGUGUUAAAUUAUUACUUGAUGUACAUGGAAUUAUACAUGGACCAAAAGAAGAAUGUGUCAACGCUCUGAAGAAGGGCUGUCUGAUAGCCGUUGCCCCAGGUGGAGUUCGGGAAGCACUCUUUAGUGAUGAAAUGUAUACUAUUAUCUGGGGUAAUCGGAAGGGCUUUGCUCGGGUGGCCAUUGAUGCAAAAGUGCCCAUCAUUCCUAUGUUUACACAAAAUGUUCGAGAAGGCGUUAGGACAUUAGGAGGAAUAAGUAAGAUAUUUUCUAUUAUUUUUUUAGUUUAUUUUUCCAUAUGUGUUGUGUACGGAAUGUUCCACGUCUUAGUAAGGAUUUUCUUAUGGACUGGAUUACUUGCCAAGCCAGCAAAUAUAACUGCUGAAGAACUAACUGAGAAGACAAAAGCAGCACUCCAAGCUCUAAAAGAAAAACAUCAGAAAAUACCAGGAAAUAUAUUUAGGGCUUUAAUGGAACGAUUUCAAACACAAAAGAAAGAAGAUUAA